AGAGGGCCGGGGGGAGGGUGGGGGAUGGCGCGGACCCCGGGGCCGGCUCCGCUGUGUCCCGGAGGCGGCAAAGCACAACUUUCCUCCGCUUCUCCCCCCGGGGCCGGGCUCUUGCUGCCACCCCCGACGCCGCCGCCGCUACUGCUGCUGCUCUUCCCGCUGCUGCUCUUCUCCCGGCUCUGUGGUGCCUUAGCUGGGCCAAUUAUUGUGGAGCCACAUGUCACAGCAGUAUGGGGAAAGAAUGUUUCAUUGAAGUGUUUAAUUGAAGUAAAUGAAACUAUAACACAAAUUUCAUGGGAGAAGAUCCAUGGCAAAAGUUCACAGACUGUUGCAGUUCAUCAUCCUCAGUAUGGAUUCUCUGUUCAAGGAGAAUAUCAGGGAAGAGUCUUGUUUAAAAACUAUUCACUUAAUGAUGCUACAAUUACUCUACAUAACAUAGGAUUCUCUGAUUCUGGAAAGUACAUAUGCAAAGCUGUUACAUUCCCGCUUGGAAAUGCUCAGUCCUCUACAACCGUAACUGUAUUAGUUGAACCCACUGUGAGCCUGAUAAAAGGGCCAGAUUCUUUAAUUGAUGGAGGAAAUGAAACGGUAGCAGCCAUUUGUAUCGCAGCCACUGGAAAACCAGUUGCACACAUUGACUGGGAAGGUGAUCUUGGUGAAAUGGAAUCCACUACAACUUCUUUUCCAAAUGAAACGGCAACAAUUGUCAGUCAGUAUAAGCUGUUUCCAACCAGAUUUGCUAGAGGAAGGCGAAUUACUUGUGUUGUAAAACAUCCAGCCUUGGAAAAGGACAUCCGAUAUUCUUUCAUAUUAGAUAUACAGUAUGCUCCUGAGGUUUCAGUAACAGGCUAUGAUGGGAAUUGGUUUGUAGGAAGAAAAGGUGUUAAUCUCAAGUGUAAUGCUGAUGCAAAUCCACCACCCUUCAAAUCUGUGUGGAGCAGGUUAGAUGGACAGUGGCCUGAUGGUUUAUUGGCUUCAGACAAUACUCUUCAUUUUGUCCAUCCAUUGACUUUCAAUUAUUCUGGUGUUUAUGUCUGUAAAGUGACCAAUUCCCUUGGUCAAAGGAGUGAUCAAAAGGUCAUCUACAUUUCAGAUGUUCCAUUUAAGCAGACCUCCUCCAUAGCCGUAGCUGGCGCCGUAAUUGGAGCCGUCCUUGCCCUUUUCAUCAUUGCUAUCUUUGUGACUGUGCUGCUGACUCCUCGAAAAAAGAGACCAUCCUAUCUUGACAAAGUGAUCGACCUUCCACCCACACAUAAACCACCUCUUAUGUAUGAAGAACGAUCUCCCCCUUUGCCUCAAAAAGACCUUCUAUAUCAGACCGAACACUUGCCUCUGCAGACUCAGUUCCGAGAAAGAGAGGUGGGCGGCCUCCAGCACUCUAAUGGGCUAAGUCGCAGGAGAGUGGACUAUGAAGAUGAGAAUCCUGUGGGGGAAGAUGGGAUCCAGCAGAUGUGCCCCCUUUACAAUCAGAUAUGCCAGAAAGACCGGAGCCCGGGCAAGCAUCGUCAAAACAAUGACCCUGAGAGAGUGUACAUCAACCCGCGAGAACAUUAUGUGUGAUUUCACUCUUUUUUUCCCAGUGGACCUCCUAACGAAAUGUUCGAUCUUCGACUGGGGAGAGAAACUGAGGACAGCGGUUCUUAUCUUAUUCUCCCUCGUGUAAAACAAUCCCAGUUUAUGUGUAUCAGAAGUCAUGAUGAAUGGCUUCCAGCCAAUAGCAACUUGGUUUCCUUCAUUAAGAGUUUCUUAGCCACCAGCUGUGUUUGUGAACUUGACUCUAGCUUUGUGUGUUUCUGUGAUGAUAGUGUUUAACUACUAACAUUUGGCCUACAGUGGCACGUUCAUUGAAACAUAGAAUAUCUGCCUGUGAUGGCAACAGUGAUUCUCCAGAAAGGAAGGCCCCAGCUGGGAGUGUUAACCUUGCAGGGUUUCAGGAAGGCCAGCCCAUUUAUCUGUAACUCAAGUGAGCAGGAAAAAAAAAAAAAAGGGUGGGGGGAGUUCAAAAUCCAUUUCACUAAUUAUUUCACUGGGAUUUGGCUUUCCCUGAGGUGCUUAAUGCAAUUACAAUACCUGUGUACAAACAGGAGGCCUGAGGAAAGAGGCAGAAUUGGCUCUUUAUCCCAAAAAACAACAACAGAAAGCAGUUUAAAGCUUCAAGCCUGUUGGUUGCUUUUAAAGUCUUGUGAUAAUUGGAAUAUAUGUUCCUUCUUGAUCACUAAGGUCCUGAGGGAUACUUAUUUCGCACCGUUCUCUGACCAGUCUCGAUUAGCUGUGUGCUAAGACUCUUCUCUUGCCCUGUUGUUGUUCCCACAGUUCUGUUCUUUCCUAGCCAGAUUAGCCUAUUUCCCACCUAUUAAAUUCUAAAAGCCUCGUCUAAAUGGUAGACAGCCUUGAGCCCUGUCCCUCUUUGCUGUAGUAUUGUAUAUGACAAGCUCAGCUUUCACUUCUGAAAUUCCUUUCAAGCUAAUCCUCUCCACACAGGCUUCAGCUACCCUCUGCUUCUUCAGACUACUUCUCAUCCAUGUUUUAUCUACCUCAGAAAAGCCUGCUGCAAAAUCACCGUGAAAUAACUCCUGCUCUUAAGAGCCAGGUAGAAAAUUUGAAAAUUAAAAAAAAAAAAAAAAAAAAAAAAGGGCAAUAUGGCCUAUGUGCUAAACCCCCAUGUUAUCAUUUGUCCUCCCCCAGCCCCAAGUUUACCCAGUCAACAAGGGUGAAGAGAUGCUAAAAAGCAAAUAGUAUAGUGACAGACUUACCGGUACAACACUUUGGUGCCUGCAAAUGUCUGUCUUGAGUUUUCUCACUUCCCUUUGCCAAUGUAUCCUCACUGAGAUUGAAGGUAGUAAUUAUAAUGAAUGGAGGGAGCAGAGGAGGGGGGCCCAGGUACAUGCGUAAAUGUCAAUCACUCUUUUCACAUCUUAAGGAAAGCAUUGUUUUACUGUGUGUUCUGGAAGAUGAGAGGUAUGUCACAGAUAUUAAAAACACUACCGACUUGUCACAUAUUAGGAAAGAGUGACAUAAGGACUAAUAAAAUAGUACACAUUUCCAACCUAAGUUUCAGGAGGACGGGAGAAUAUUAACACAGAUUUCUAAUGAGAUACCAAAGACACCUUGUGAUUCACGUUGUGCUGGCUCUCGUUCUUGUUUGUAUGUUGGUUUCCUUUUUUUAGUUGCUGUCCUUUUUCGGACAACUUUUCCAGGUCAUUCUACCGUCGUCACACAUUCUGCCCCUGUUGUCUUGGUGAGCGACAAUUCUGGCAGUAAAGACACUUAAAUUCUAACUCAAUGCUGUGGCAAUUUAAAAGGCCAUAGUUCUAUGGAAUUAAAGGGUAAAUUCCAAGGACCGCAUUGCUCUAUCACUGUCCUACCUCAGAGUUUACUGCCCUUUGUAGCAAGCUGACACAAAACAUAUUUGACUUCAUUUCCAUGGAAUCCCAUCAGUGAAUUAGUGUGGCUGAAGGUUCAUGAAUCCUUGCAACUGUUUUCCAACAGAAAGAUGAGUCUGGUCAGAGUUCUCCUGGCGAGUGAAGUGUUUUUAUAAAUACUAGAUGUUACAGAGGAGGAGAUUCAGUGGGAUGUACUUCCUUUAAAAAGCUUUAAAAAUGUCUUCCACGUUAGGGAUGGUUUCUAAGGUCCUGCUGAGAAGCAGCUUGUUGAAUUAGCAUCACAGAAGUUUAUAUUGAACCUUGAAGGCAGUAAAGUAAGGUGUCUGUUUGCACUAGAUAUGGAAGAGCUGGGUUUUCGGAGCCAUUUGGCCUGUCUUCAGAGCCGUCCCUACCAAGAAGAACCCUCUAUAUAAUUUUUAACAUUCUUGGUGCAGUUCCAGAAAAGAAAUUUCAGGGUAUAGACACCCCUCUUACAGCCAGCUUGUUCAGUAUCCUCUUUGCUUCUCUGUCAGCUGUAGUAGUUUUUAACAAACUGGUAGAUUCUAUAGCUGUUGGCCUUUUCCAUGGGUCAGAUAAGCUGUAUAAUUGCUUGUCCUGGUGUCUCCUGUCUGUCCUCUCUGAAUACUGAGUGCAGCAGAAAGGAGCUUUAAAAGGGUUGGAUCAGCCAGUCCCUCAACCAAAAAACGCCAUCCAAAAUUAGUCUGUCGAUCUCUCAAUUUGGAGCUUAGACUACUUGUUGAUCCCCAUUUAAAUUUGGAAGUUAGACUCUUAAAGGUCAGUGAGUGUUAAAAUCCACAGCUGAUAGGAGAUACUCUUCCCAUAACUGGUUUACUAAAACACAAUGAAACAGAAAUAAAUCCCCAGAGCGCUUAUCCACUUAGGGCCGCAGCUUAACAUUUCAAGGGGGGGCGUGUGCUGCAUCCCAGACACGCAGCCUUUGCCGCCUGUUUUGUAGGCAGCCCAGCUCCGGGAGUGUGCACUGUGGCCACAGGAGUGGGUCCCCAGGUUCUUUGCACACCACUCCAGAGUAAAGCAUCUGUACCAUCUAGGAUCGGUCUGAUGUAAUGGGAUGUGAGUUUAGAUUGAUUCUCUUCUAUGAGGGUUCUCCUGGCCUUCUUCUGUUUUCUAAGUUUGAAGAAGUCUAUGCUCUUUGGACUUGUAACAAAACUCUUAACCUGUGAUAGACCGCCCUGUAACACACACAUAGUGGAUACUAGCGACAUGCCCUAGAAACUAAAUGAACUGGUUACCUCGUUAAUUUUUUAUGGCCUUAUUUACUCAUAAGGAGAGUACAGUUUCUUUGUCUGUCUUCUGAGGAUGAUUUCCUAAAUUCUCUUUCAUAGUCAUCGAAAAUUGACUUUUAUUUUUUGUUGUACAGUCUUGCCCUGCACUGGGCUGGUGUCCUUGUACUAUUCUUUAUAUAUAACAGAGCCCCCUUCAAGCCUCUUAUUCCCUGGGGUGUAGAGGACAGACUAUUACACCAGGAACCAAAAGAACAGAUUCUCCCAACUUCACCCUUUCUAGCCAUGGAAACUUAGACAAGCCACUUAAUCUCUCUAGGGCAUCAGUUGCUCUAUCCAUAAAGGUUAUACCUUCCCUGUCAGCCUCUCAGGAAUGUGAGAUAGGAAACUGUAAGCUCCCUUCAAACUGAAAGCGCCUUCUAUUAUUCUUCUAUGUUGAACCUAAACUUCUAGUGCCCUCACCAGCACUGGGGAGAACCAGGUGGUAACAGGCAAAUUUCAUUUUGACCCAAUUUGAGUAUAGCCAAGUGCAAGUGGGACUUGUACUUUCUUUCACUAUAAUAACUAUUUUGUCUUAUGGAAAGCUUGAUAUCUGGGCCUUAACCUUUUAGGCCUUGUCUAAAAUUGCAAGCGCAUGUUGCUGUAAAACCGGUGGCUGCUCAUGGUUUACAGAUCACUACACAUAACAGUGACAUUAUUGAGUUUGUAGCACGGUCAGGGCUCCCGGACAAGAAUCUUACAUGAAUCCCCUCACGGAUGAGGACCAAACUCUUGUUUUGUCCCCCUUCCAGGGGAUGGAAAGGCUCACACUCCUAUGAGGCACACCCACAGGUCAUGCUAACCACCAGCCGGCUGUUACUUCUUUAAAAAUCUGCUUUGGGGGAGUGAUGCUAGGGAAUACAUUUUCUUGAUUGUUUAAUAGACGUGUAAGGAAAUACACUGGGGAAAAUAUAUAUACGAAAUGUUUAUUAAGAUGAAAGGAAGUGACUAUGCUCAUUUUUACUUAGUUUCUGAACUUCUCAAGAUGCUCAGAAAGGCUCAUCUCCAUUAGAUUAACCAUAGCUGCAAAAACAAUCAACCAAACAGUUAAGGCCACUCCAUCCCAGCUGGUUCGGUUUUAGUGGGCACCAACUUUAACACCUCUUCCUUAACUUUGUUCUCUGAUACACUGAUUGCUCUAUUUAAUGCGUCCCGCCUUUAUUGAACUCCCAGGAAGUAGUGGCACUCUUACAGUGGAUAGAGGGAAAACUAGCUACCUUUGGUAAAAAAAAAAAAAAGGAAGAAGAAGAAGACGGCGAAGAAGAAGAAGAAGAAGAAGAAGAAGAAGAAGAAGAAGAAGAAGAAGAAGAAGAAAGAAGGAGAAGAAGAAGAGGAGGAAGGGUAUGAAGUAGAAAUGCCAAGUAGGCUGGCAGUGACUCAGCUCUGUGCUUAACUGACAAGGUUCUUCAUCCUUGUACUGUUUGUAGAUCUUGGAGGAGGACCAGGGACUUCGAGUUCUUCUCAUAAACUAGAAGCUGCUAUUUACAAGCCUAUUCAACUAUAGACUGUGCCUGGGUUAAUUUUACUGUACCUAUAAGGGUAUUUGUGUCUCCUCCAUUAAAGAAAAUUGUUGGCCACUGGACUUGGCUGGUUUGGCCACUUGCAAUUGUUAGGUUGUUUUAGUAGCCUUCGGUAGGUAGAGGUGGGUGAGGCCUGUAGCUCUUCUCCCCCACCCUCCCCCCAACCUCACCAGAUGAUACUUUACACUGGAAUCAGCUUUUAGACCAAUGUCUGCCUCAUUCGUGUUUAUAAGCGAGCAGGUAUCCUGUACCAGUCAGCCUGUUAAGCUGUAAGCUUGAAAAUGUCCCAACUCUGUUCUUUUGGGCAACCCAACAAUAUCUGAUGCAAAGGUUCUACUAGAAGCAAAUCCAGCAAUACUCCAGUGUAUUUACUGUCAGGCGACCCAAUUCUGUUUUAACUGCUAGUGACAGAACAGGUUAGUAAUCUAGGAAUCCAGGGUCCGUGGGCUGCUGGAGCCUCACACCUGCCGAUGGAAAGGCUGGGUGAAGUUCCCUGCACUAUUUGGCCUCUACUAAUUUGACCAUUGAAAAGAAUUACUUAUUAACAAGGUCUCUGGUGUUUAAUUACUGAUAAAGCUCUUGUGGUAGAAGCCUCUGAAGAGACUGGAGUUUUUCAAAUGCUGACAAACCUUUGGAGGAUGUUGUUCCUCAAGUAAAAUUCUUCAAAUGUUAACUAACCAUUCCUAGUGUGUAUAGUAAGGCUAAUAAACAUAUGCCUAAAUAAUGUAAAUUACAUAGAGUGUAACAGGAUUUGUUAAGGAUUCCUCACGUUAUCGUACCUGUUGGCAUUUCUCCUUAGUGGCAAUCUUUCCUUUCUUGCAGGGGGGUGGGGGGGGCGGAUUCUGGAGAGACAGAUGGGCAGAGGGGAGAGGGGUCCGCUUAAAAUUUGCAGCUGAAAAAAAUUUUUCCAUUCACAAAUGCAAAAGGAACCCUCACGUCUGCAAACAUUUCACUAUUUCAAGCCUAGGUUAUAUUUACUUUAAAAUUAUCUCUGCAAAAAGGUUAGAGGUGGGAAAAGAAAGGCCAUGUUUACCUUGACAGUCAAAAUACAUAAAAUAUCAGGUUGAUUUCUACUGCAUUUUCAUUACUAAGUUAUUCUCAAGUUUCAGUUUGAUUUUGGAAGUUUGGAGCUGAGUGCACUAGGAUAAAAGAGCAUAUCAAAAAUUCAGAUGACAAUAUCUUUUUAUCAUACAUUAUCCACUGAGACCCUGAUGUGGAAGUUCUUUCUGUAUCUCAGGGAGGAGGGAAACCACCACCGAUAAAUAAAAGGACUCUUCAUGCCAAUGCUUGGGAAUAAAUCUCUUCCAUCGGUCCCUUCCCAAGAAUAUUCUAAUCAGUGUUUGGGGGCUAUGGCCAUGAUAUAUAUGUAUCAAGUUACAUACCUCCCUGCACAAAAAAGAACUAGCUAUAUUCUAUAUUCUUUACGAAAAGUUGCCCUCUUGAGGUCUUUUCCAGCACUUGUCAUUUCCAGUUUUCACUAUCAGGGCCCCUAUGGCCCAGAGGAUCCUUGGUAUCAUGACCUAAACUGGUUGUAUUUAUCAUCAUGACAUGGGAUUGGACUGUGACAGCGGGUUAGAGGGACACCCAGAGGGAAAGCCUCCCUGGGAGGCUUCCAGAACAUCAGAUUUGCUACAGCGGCUUAGAACUGUGACCCAUUCUGCUACAAAUCUGUCUGACAGCCAUGAAGAGAUGUUUCAUGUGUCUCCUCCAAAGGUUAGGAAUAUACUUCAAACAUUCCUAAUGUCCCAUAAUAACUCACAGUGGAUCUAUGAAGCCCAGGGUUCCACAUGCUUUUCCAAGCGAAUGGGCACCACUGUUUUGGUCUGCCGAUAAUGACCAGUAUUUUUUCUUAAUCCACCCUAACACACUGAAUGAGGCAAAAUUAAAUUCCCCUCACAAGUCAUGUUGAUGGCUCGGUGUUUAUCAUAUUUUAACUAGAGGCAGCAGUAUUUUGUCCUAAACGCAUUAGUUUGCACUUCCCCAUACUGUGGCUCAUUUAUGCCUCUGCUUUCUCGCAUGGUCUUAUGAGACGUUGCGUAUUUCAAUACCCAGAAGAGCAUUUGUCUUCUUAGGUUUCGUUGUGUACUGGAAGUUCCAAGUCUUUUGUAAAAAAAAUGUUAAGUAGCUGGUGUUGCUACUGGAUCCCUGGAUUAUUCCAUUUGUCCAUCCAGAAAAGUUCCUGUUUAUCCUCUACCUUCUGUUUCUAUUUCUAAGCCAAUGCUUUAAGACAUAACAUCUGUUCCGGCCUAUUCUGUCUCCACGUGGCCUUAACCUCUUAACUUCUGUACUCAGUCUCACUCUGUACAUUAGUACUCUGUACCUCAUGGGGCUUUGUGGAGGCAAAAAUAAGAUGCUUAAGGGUUGUCUUCAAGAGAGGUCCUACUUUUAAAGUGAUUUUAUAAAAGCCCCUUGGCUUAGAAAUGAGAAACUCUAGAGCUCUAAUUCUUUUCCUAUUCUUGUUUUGCUAUUUUUAUUUCUGAAAAGUGAUCUCUGUCUGAAUAGUCUUUACUCCGGUUUUAACUUUCUUCCCAUUAACCCUUUUCACACUGAAAUUGUCCUCUCUACCUUAUCCGUGCUCUGAACGUUUUACUUAUAGAGCCAAAGCUAAUUUUCCCACAGCAAAUCCUACCUACUCUUCCUCCCAUCACUGAACAAAUUACUCCAUAAACAAGCACUUGGCCUUGCACACAAGAAAUCAGAAGCUAAUGAGACUCACUCUGGCCCUGAGAAGAUUUGACCUUAUGCCUUGGCUUCCCCACUUAAACUGAGGUUAAUUCUUCUAUUUCACGGCACCUGGGUGUUGUGAAUUCUGACUAAUAAAUGGUGGAAAGCAUUUUGCAAAUGUCCUGUGCUAUAUAAACGUGUGGCGAAUAAUCUGGAGAGUCUUCAAGUAGAAAUGUAUUCUUGUGCAGCUCAAUUCAAAAUACUAAUCCACCCAUUGUUUUCAAAUAAAAUAUUUUACUAACCUGUUUCUUCCCUUUUUUUUCUUUUAAAAAAUACUUUUAGUAAAAAUCAGUUUUCUAGUUGUUUGAACUAUGUAUAGGAAGGAACCAAUAGUAUACUUGCUUGCCAGAAAAUGCUCAAAUUGUCUUUUAAGUGUUAAAACUAAAAGGGUUGCCUAACAGUGUAGUGAUGUAAGGAGGAGGAUUUUAGCUGAAAUGUGGCAAAAUAUCAAAAUACAAAGAUUAGCUUUGAUUUUCAAGAUUGUAUUAUAAGUAGUAGGGUUAAUGUGGUUGUUAUAGAUACUCUUUAUUUUUAAGUUACCAGAAAUUAUCUUUUAUUUUUGAACUCUAUGGUUCUUGACAUGUUUUGAAUAAAGUUUUUAUCAACUAAA